UCUGCUCAUGGAUGCAUCUCUCUCUUUGUUCCCUAUAUAUCCCGGCCCCCUCUUUGUUUUCUGUGUUUGUUUGAUUCUUUCCUCUCUUUAAUUUGCUAUAUUAGAGGUAGAGAGAUGUGCUUAGUAUUUGUUGAUGAUGCUCUAUUUGGUUUCUUGCAUAUGCAUCUCCAUGCAUGUUCUCUUCUCCUACCUAGCUCUCCACAUGAUGGCCUCUCCCUAGCUACCUACACACCUGCUAUAGCGAGGUGGCUCACCGGCCGGCCCUUGUGCUAUUGUAGCUAGCUUCUCUCAUCCUAGUUUUUUUUUGGGAUGCGCUUUGUUUACGAGUGCAUCAGCCGCGCGCGCGGCUGGGUUUGUUUGGACUUUCUUCCUCCUCGCUCCGGCCGGCCUCAUCGUCAUCAGCUCCUCCAUUUUCCCCAUUACUCGCUUUUCAUUUGUUGUGUGUUGCUGUGCAGAGAGGAGACACUAAUUCGUCCUCUUUGGCACACAGAUCCAUCCGUGUCCAUGUCCAUGUCCAUGCAUGAGUUUCUUUCGAGUGUGCUGCAGCCUGCAGUACAUAUAUACUGUGAUCGAUCAAUCGAUCGCUUGUGCGGAAGGAGCCGGAUCGAGUGGAGUCAGCUAGCUAGAUACUCCGUGGUCGUCGUCGUCGUUGGACGUACGCCAGAAGAGGGAGCUAGAGAAGAAUACCGUACAGCUGCUUCCAACAUGGCAGCUGCCUCGUCUGCCCACCUGUUCGGACUCGGCGACGGGCAGAUGCAGAUGCAGCCGCAGCAGCAGCAGGCGCCGCCUCCUCCUCUUGUGAACAACCCGGCCGCGCCGCCGCCCAAGAAGAAGCGGAACCAACCCGGUAACCCAACAGACCCUGACGCGGAGGUGAUCGCGCUUUCCCCCAAGACGCUGAUGGCGACGAACCGGUUCGUGUGCGAGGUGUGCAACAAGGGGUUCCAGCGGGAGCAGAACCUGCAGCUGCACCGGCGCGGGCACAACCUGCCGUGGAAGCUGAAGCAGAAGAACCCCAAGGAGACGCGGCGGCGGGUGUACCUGUGCCCGGAGCCGACGUGCGUGCACCACGACCCGUCCCGCGCGCUGGGCGACCUCACGGGCAUCAAGAAGCACUACUGCCGCAAGCACGGCGAGAAGAAGUGGAAGUGCGACAAGUGCAACAAGCGCUACGCCGUGCAGUCCGACUGGAAGGCGCACUCCAAGACGUGCGGAACCCGCGAGUACCGCUGCGACUGCGGCACCCUCUUCUCCAGGAGGGACAGCUUCAUCACCCACCGUGCGUUCUGCGAUGCACUAGCGCAGGAGAGCGCACGGGUGCCGCCCAUGGGCGCCGGCAUGUAUGGCACUGGCGGCAUGGCCCUCGGCCUCUCCGGGAUGGCCACAUCACAGUUGCAGUCAUUCCAAGACCAGACCCACUCCUCGGCCACCACCGCCAUCAGCAACAAUCCGACGGCGCAGUUCGAGCACCUCAUGCAGUCGUCCACCGGCUCCCCCGUUUUCCGCGGCGCGCAACCGACAUCAUCGUCUUCCUCGCCGUUCUACCUCGGCGGCGCCGAGGACGGCCAUCAAAGCCUAUCCGGCCACACCUCUCUGCUCCACGGAAACAAGCAGGCCUACCACGGCCUGAUGCUGUUGCCGGAGCAGCAGCACCAGGCGGGGAGUAACGGCCUCCUCAACCUGGGGUUCUUCUCUGGCGGGAGCAGCGGUCAGGAUGCCCGCCUCGUGUUCCCGGACCAGUUCAACGGUGCCGUUGGCGGGAACGUCCGCGGUGACGGCAGCGAGCACGGCAACAGCGGCGCUAACACGGAAUCAGCGGCCAUCUUCUCCGGGAACCUAAUGGGAAACCACCAAAUGGCAAGCAGCGCCGGCUUUUCUUCCUCCUUGUACAACUCGUCCGAGACCGCUGCCCCGGCGCAGAUGUCGGCGACGGCGCUGCUGCAGAAGGCCGCUCAGAUGGGCGCGACGACGAGCAGCGGCAACGUGAACUCUCUGCUCAGGGGGCUUGGUAGUAGCGCCGGCGGCACCUUGAACGGGAGGCCUGCCGGAGCAGCUGCUGGGUUCAUGGCCGGCGAGAGCUCCUCGGCGAGGAGCACUUCCCAGGCCGAGAACGAGAGCCAGUUCCGGGACCUGAUGAACACGCUCGCAGCUUCCGGGAGCGGAGCUGCUGGCACAGCGUUCAGCGGGGGUUUCCCGGGCAUGGACGACAGCAAGCUGAGCACGAGAGACUUCCUCGGCGUCGGCGGCAGCGUCGUGCGGAGCAUGGGUGGCGCGGCAGGGCUGCCGCUGCGGCACGGCGGUGCCGCGGGCAUUGGCAUGGGCUCAUUGGACACAGAAAUGAAGUAGGCGAAUCGAAAUCCGAAACGAGCAUUAUUAUGCUCCACUCUUGGGCAGAGGCUCUUGCAUUGCAUGCAAGGUAAGUAGUAGCACAGCCUAAGCAAACGACUAUGGAAAGAUGAGACCAUUUGCGCCCAAAAUGACAAAUGAGGCCGUCAACCAUCAUAUGUUUAUGGUGCUGCAUGCUGCAUGAAUAUUGAUCCUUGUUUAUUGUAGCUCCCUCCUCCCAGGGAUCAUGGAAGAAUCGAUGAAGAACUAAUAGCAGAGAAGGCUGGACAAUUUGUUAAAUUAAAUGCCAGUAUAUCUAGUUAUUUUUUGUUUUGAUGCAUAAUA